AUGUUGAAAGAGAUUUGCUCCGCCCUCCUGGAAGCCGACGUCAACGUAAAGCUCGUCAUGCAGCUGCGAAAAUCCAUCAAAGCCACAGUCAACUUCAAGGACGUCCCGCCCGCGGUCAACAAGAAACGCCUUAUCCAAAAAGCCGUAUUUGACGAGCUUGUCCGACUAGUCGACCCGCACGCCGAGCCAUUCAAGCCGAGAAAAGGGAAGCCGAACGUCAUUAUGUUUGUUGGUCUCCAGGGUGCCGGCAAAACAACGACUUGUACCAAGCUUGCGCGACACUAUCAAACAAGAGGUUUCCGGGCGUGCCUAGUGUGCGCAGAUACCUUCCGAGCUGGUGCGUUUGACCAGCUGAAGCAGAAUGCGACAAAGGCCAAGAUUCCAUACUAUGGUUCUCUCACGGAGACCGAUCCCGCGGCCGUCGCCCGCGCCGGAGUGGAGCAGUUCAAGAAGGAGAAGUUUGACGUGAUUAUCGUCGACACGUCGGGCAGGCAUCGUCAGGAGUCGGCACUGUUCCAGGAAAUGAUUGAUAUCCAGACAGCAAUCCGCCCGGACGAAACCAUCAUGGUGCUGGAUGCUUCCAUCGGUCAGCAGGCAGAGUCGCAGGCCAAGGCGUUCAAGGAAGCGGCUGAUUUCGGAGCCAUUAUCAUCACCAAGACAGACGGGCAUGCCCACGGUGGUGGUGCCAUUUCUGCCGUGGCGGCAACACACACACCCAUCGUGUUCAUCGGUACCGGUGAGCACAUGCUGGACCUGGAACGCUUCGCCCCGCAGCAGUUCGUCCAGAAGCUGCUGGGCAUGGGCGACAUGGCCGGCCUGGUGGAGCACGUUCAGUCGCUGAACCUGAACCAAAAAGACACAAUCAAGCACAUACAAGAGGGCAUCUUCACGGUCCGCGAUCUCCGCGACCAGCUGUCCAACAUUAUGAAGAUGGGGCCCCUGUCUAAAAUGGCCGGCAUGAUCCCGGGCAUGAGCAACAUGAUGCAGGGGAUGGACGACGAAGAAGGCAGCGCCAAGCUGAAGCGCAUGAUCUACAUUUGCGACUCUAUGACAGACAAGGAACUGGACUCGGACGGCAAGAUCCUGAUCGAGCAGCCCACACGAAUGACCAGAAUAGCCCGCGGCUCGGGAACUUCGGUGCGUGAGGUGGAAGAUCUCCUCACGCAGCAGCGCAUGAUGGCUGGCAUGGCCAAAAAGAUGGGCGGCAACAUGAAGAACAUGCAACGCGCGCAGCAGGCUAUGGGCGGCGGCAAUAAAGCUCAACAGAUGGCGGCGAUGCAGAAGCGGCUCCAGAGCAUGGGCGGCGCUGGCGGGGCCGGCGGCAUGCCUGACAUGGGAUCACUGAUGAAGAUGCUCGGUGGAGGAGGCGGCAUGCCUGGUGGCAUGGACAUGCAGGCGAUGAUGAGGCAGAUGGGGAUGGGAGGUGGUAUGCCGGGCACGCCGGGCGGGAGUGGCCGUGGAAGGAGGUGA